AUGCAGGAGGAGCGGGGGCGGCGGGGCUGCAGCAGGUCACAGCUCCCGCAGCCCCAGGCCUCACAUCUGCACACCAUCAACUCCAGUGAAGAGACUGGCUGCGCCGACCCCCGCCCGCCUCCGAACAAAACGCGCGGGGAGAGCGGGGGAAACCAGGACCAGGAGCGAGGACGGCAGGCACGGGUGGGGCCGGCGGACAGAGGAGCGCGUGCCCGCCCCAGGCCCGGACUGCCCCGGAACCGCCCGCCUCAGAAUACCCGCGUGGAGGGUCGGGACCCAGGACCAGUGAGCCGCGGCCCGGGGCGCAGGGACGGUUGGGGGCCGGUGGACAGAGGAGCCCGUGUUCGCCCCAGGCCCCGCCAGACCUACCCCGGACCCGCCACAGCGCGGCCCACAGGGGGCGAUGAGCGAGCACCGCCCGCUGGACAACGCGCCGCCGGGCUCGCGCCACCGCGAUCACCUGAGCCCCCCGCCGCCCGCCGCGACCCCCGGCCUGCCCGCGCCCCUCUAGGCCCACGCCCGCCCCGCAUGGGCCUCACCUGCCGGCCACCGAGGCCGCCGUCCGCAUACCCCCCAAGGGCUCCGCCGUCGAUCCCUUACCUCCCGCCGGCCCCGGCACCAGCAAGACAGCGCCUCCCUGCGUCAGCUCCGUUGUCGUCGUCGCUGCCGCCGCCUCCUGCUCCCAGGUCUUCACGCUGCACUAACGGAACUGUAACUGCCGCUGAGGAGCCUCCCAGGAGCCCACGGCCACACUGCGCAGGCGCGACGGGGCGGGGCGGGGCCUGGCGCAGCUCACCUGGAGACAGAAGACUGACAGCAGGUCUGGGCAGCCACGCCCCCAGCGGUCAUGGUGGCAGCUUCAGCAGCCGGGGGAAGCAGCGGCAGCAGUGGCUGCCAAAGGAGGAGACCUGUGAGGGGAGCGGCGCGGCGGAGCAGGUAGGGCCCGGAUGA